AUGUUAACAGUAAUCAGACGCUCGACCCAUUGCAAACACCAUGUCCAACAAGCUGUGAAAUUCGUUCCUAGAGCUGGGUUACAUACAAGUUAUAUAUUACGCGGUGCAGCUUCACCCAGUGAAAGCACCGACAUGCCAGUAUUGGGUAAACUGGCGCACACUUUAAAGUCGGCUGUUUUAGGCGUACCUGAUAGAAAGGAAGGUAGAGAAGAGAUUGUUUUCACUGGAGGAGCUGCCAGCUGGAACCAAGCCAUUAAAGAAGCUCAGAGCCUUGUUACAGAUAAGAACGAGAAACCUGCUCGAAUCAUUGACCCAGCCAAAUUAGUAGGAGAUGAUUUAAAAGAGAUUAAGGCCAACAUAUCCAAGUUGUUGGGUAGCGGCCAUCCAUUUUUGGAUACGGUUGCUAGACAUUAUUUUAGUGGAGAAGGUAAACAUAUCCGACCCUUAUUGGUGCUGUUGAUUGCACAGGCAACGAGUAUCGCCGACAAGAAACAAUUGAAAGCCAAUAUUGACUACCAAUCAAUCGACACACCUAUAUCACACGGUUUGGAAAAUAUCACCACGGAUGAUGUCUUUGAUCGCAAAACCCAUUAUACACCUUCCGUGACAGAUCAAGGAUGCACGAUUCUACCCACACAACGUCGCUUGGCGGAGAUUUCAGAAAUGAUCCACACUGCAUCCUUAUUACACGAUGAUGUGAUUGACGCUUCCAUGACCCGAAGAAAUUUACCUUCAGCCAAUGCAAGUUUUGGAAAUCGAAUGGCAGUUUUGGGUGGUGACUUUUUAUUGGCCCGAGCUUCAUUAGCGUUAGCAAGAUUAAGAAAUGCAGAAUGUAUCGAAUUAAUGGCGACUUGUAUUGCGAAUUUAGUGGAAGGUGAAUUUAUGCAGUUAAAGAACACCAAAGAAGAAUCGGGCGGACAAGUGAAAAAAUUGAGUACGUUUGAUCAUUAUAUGGAUAAGACAUAUAUGAAGACGGGUAGUUUGAUUGCUCAAAGUUGUAAGGCUUCAGCUGUGUUGGGUGGAUCCACUCAAGAUGUUGCUGAAGUUGCAUUUGAUUUUGGAAAGAAUUUGGGUCUAGCCUUUCAGCUUGUGGAUGAUAUGCUGGACUUCACAGUUACCGCAGCUGAGCUUGGUAAACCUGCAGGUGCAGAUUUGAAGUUGGGACUUGCCACAGCGCCCGUAUUAUUUGCAUGGGAAGAAUACCCAGAGUUAGAGGCUUUGAUUAAGCGCAAAUUUUCUAAGAAGGGCGACGAAGAAAAGGCCAGAGACCUUGUUUAUCAAAGUGAUGGUUUAAAAAAGACGUUAAAUCUUGCUGAAAUUCACUGUAAAUACGCUACUGAUGCUUUACACAAGUUACCACCUUCAGAUGCACGAUCAGCGUUAAUCCAAAUUACAGAAAAAUUAUUGACGAGAAGAUCAUAG